AUGGAUGCUAGAAAUAAGCUGUGGAAUAGGUUGAUUCACAUCAGCCAACAGGUGAACUCGCCAUGGUUGGUGGGGGGUGAUUUCAAUUGUAUCAUUUCUACCUUUGAAAAAUCUGGAGGUAGAACUCCAAACCUUGCCAAGAGGAAUACCUUCAGAGAUAAUAUCCACAGGGCUGGUCUCUUUGAUCUGGGUUUCAAGGGACCUAAUUUCACUUGGAAAAGGGGAUCUAUUUGGGAGAGGCUUGAUAGAAAGUUGGUUAAUGAUGCAUGGUUCAAUCACUUCCUCCUCACCUUUGUUACUCACCUUAGCCUUGCUGGCUCAGAUCAUAGGACUAUUAUUAUAAGCAUCAACUCAACUGAUAACUAUAGCUCCCCCCUCCCUUUUAGAUAUCUCAACAUGUGGGCUGCACAUCCUUCAUAUAGUAAUUACAUUGCUGACCUGUGGAAACGGGUCUCUCACCCUGACCCCUUAGUCAAGCUAAGCUUACUGCAAAUCAAGAUUGCUAAAGCCCUGAGAGGUUGGAGCUGGAACAAUUUUGGAAAUGUUCAUGCGACAGUCCAGAAGGCUGAAGAUGAAGUUAAAGCUUUGAAGAAUGGGGGACAGCUUGGUAUUGAGGAGGAGAAAAAGCUGCUGAUUGCUCAGAACAACCUCCUCAGUGCCAUUGAUUAUCAGGAAAAAUUUCUUAAACAGAAGGCAACCAUGAAUAUUUUCACUGAUGGGGAUAGAAACACCAGAUUCUUUCCUUCUUAUAUCAAAUAUAAAAUAAAAUGCAAUACCAUCCAUGUUAUACAAAAUGCCAAUGGCCAGUUGUUAAAUAACAACAAUGAUACAGCAAAUGAUGCUACAUGUUAUUACAAAGAAUUACUUAACCAGGAACAUAACUUUAGACCCCACAUUGAGAAGGCACACUUCAUGGAAGAACUGAACUACACUGCUAUUCUCAAGCUUACUGACAUCCCCACUGAAAAGGAAAUAUGGAAUGCAAUCAGUUCCAUCGAUAGCAUUAAAUUUGCUGGCCCUGAUGGAUUUACUGCUGAAUUCUACAAGAAGUCCUGGGAAAUUAUUAAGACUGAUGUUAUUGUUGCUAUUAUAAGCUUCUUCCAAGGCAACAAUCUUUGA